AUGCCGUCUGCCGGCGUGCCGCUGACGCCGUCUGCCUCGCUGCUCUCCACGCCCGAGCUGACGCGCCUGGCCUCCCUCUUCCUGGCGCGCGGCGUGGACAAGAUCCGUCUGACGGGCGGCGAGCCGCUGCUGCGCCGCGACCUUCCGGAGCUGCUGUCGGCGCUGACGUCGCUGAGCCCGUCGCCGCGCGUGUCGCUCACGACGAACGGGCUGGUGCUGUCGCGCAUGCUGCCGGCGCUGCGCGCCGCGGGCCUGUCCGGCGUCAACAUCUCGCUGGACACGCUGCACGCGGCCAAGUUUGAGCGCAUCGCGCGCCGCAAGGGGCACGCGCGCGUGCUGGCCGCCAUCCAGACGGCCGCCGAGGCGGGGCUGGACGCCGUCAAGGUCAACGUCGUCGUCAUGAAGGGCGUCAACGACGACGAGCUCCCGGCCUUCGCCGCGCUCACCGAGCACAUGCGCGUGGAUGUCCGCUUCAUCGAGUACAUGCCGUUCGACGGUAACCGCUGGUCCGCCGACAAGCUCGUCCCGUACGCGGACAUGCUCGACUCCGUCGCCCGUGCCUAUGGACGCCUGGAGCGCGCGAGCGACAGCCCGAAUGAUACUAGUAAGCACUACCGCGUGCCGGGCUUUCUGGGGAGGGUCGGCUUUAUUACGAGCAUGUCGGACCACUUUUGUGGCACGUGCAACCGCAUUCGCGUUACGGCGGACGGCAACUUGAAGGUCUGCUUGUUCGGCAGGGAGGAGGUCUCGCUCAGGGAUGCUAUGAGGGAGGGCAUGGCCGAUGAUGACCUUUCGGAGCUCAUUGAUCGCGCCUUGAUGAGGAAGCAUUGGAUGCUGGGUGGAAAUAAGGACAUGCAUGUUCUGGCGAAGCAGCCGAAUCGCAGCAUGAUUCGCAUAGGCGGCUGA